CCGUUUAUUCGGCGUACGCGUACCUAUGCUCGGUACUGACGUCCGAACGGCUGAGUGCGUACAGGCAGCACGAGAGCGGUACGUUUCAGAUCCACGUGAUCAGGGACACGAACAUGGUUCUGCUGUUCGCCGCGUCCACAGCGGUAUACUGGUGCACAGCCGCAUACCGCCGGCAACACGUCCGCGUGUACUCAGAACACGCGGCCGUGGUGUACCAGCUGUUCGGCUCCACAACUCCGGCCAGCCGCGUGGUGGACGCAUGGUGUUGGGUGCUGUACGCGCUGCUGGCCGCCGCCCUAUCGCUGGACUUGCGCCGGUACACGGGCCGUAGGCCCUGGACGUUUGGGACCGUCUACGUUUGGGGCCAUUACGCGCUGCUCACCGGCAACAUGCAGUUCGCCAUCACUGUUUUUGGACUGUGGCAGUGUUACCGCGAGCUCAACUGUCGGAUGCGGGCCGGAAGUGCAGGCCACCAGCACGAUUUCGACUYGCGCGACUAUGGAUCCGUCGUCGUGGACACCGCCGAAAUGCCAGCUUUGGAGGUGCCGCCGCAGAACAUGAUGUUCAUCAGUGUAUUGGAAAAAGUAAACUUGCUUACAAUGCUGAAAUAUUGGUCAGAUGUGCAUUGGUCAAUCACACAAAUCGUAUCCAGGGUCAACAACUUAUUUAAAUUCCGAUUAUUCGUCUUUUUCAUUUGUGGAUUACUACAUUUGAUGUUAACACCAUAUAUGUUGUCGUUGACUAUACUCAACGAGGAUAUUGAUAUAUUGCGUUACUUAUUAGAAUGCACUUUGUGGUUCAUUAUUCAUAUUCUUCGAGUGGUUUUGAUGAUUUACCCGUGUGCACUACUAGGAGAAGAGGCUGCUAAAACACAAAUAUUGCUUGGAAGCUAUCUCAAUACUAAAAUUGAUUUAUUUGAUAUAAAAAAAAUAGAAACUUAUGCACAACAGUUGGCAGCCAACACACCAGAAUUUAGUAUCUACAGUAUGUUUACUAUAGACAAACAAUUAGUUAUCACAUUAACAGGAGCAGUUACAACAUAUUUGGUGAUAAUUCUACAACUACAAGGUCAAUCAUUAUGAUGGGAUCUUUAGAAUUUAAAUUCAAA